CACGGUAUGGCGGUCUGGUAUGGCGGUCUGCGUCCUCAAAGAGAAAGAGCUGCUCUAAUUGGUUUCUCAAUGAAGGAUCAUCAGUAGUUCCCUCGAGGAUCGGCGGACUGUAGUGCAGAGCGGUCCAUCAAUCGGUCCGCUCCCCGGUGUUAAAUCCCGCUUUCCUGUCCUGUUUUCUCCUACAAAAUUAAACACGUGGAUUUCAUCGGGCUCUCCAGUUGCGUUUCGGAGUAACAGUAUUUUUUCUCAGAAAGGUAUUUGCCAGAUUACAACUUGUUCGCUCGUAGGUGGUAGGAGUUAUCGUAACAAUUGGGAAUAGCAGUGAAGUUUUACGCAAUUUCAACAUGAGUGACCUGGAGGAGGACUUUGCCAAGAUUCUAAUUCUGAAGGAGGAAAGGAUACGAGACUUGGAGAGGCGGCUGGCUGAUAGGGAGGAUGAGAUUCAAGAAUUGAAAAGGAAACUACACAAAUGUCAGUCUGUUUUGCCCAGCGCCCAACUUAUAGGACCGAGGACCAGGAGGGCUCAAGGCAUCUCUGCAGAGCCUCAAACGUACCAAGAUCUGUCAAGACAAGCUUUUAGAAAAUAUGCCAAGUCUGACUGGUCCAAGGACCUGAUCAAGGAGGCCAUCUUGGACAAUGACUUCAUGAAGAACCUGGAGAUGUCUCAGAUCCAGGAGAUAGUGGACUGUAUGUACCCUGUGGAUUAUGGCAAGGACAGCUGCAUCAUCAAGGAGGGAGAUGUGGGCUCGCUGGUCUAUGUCAUGGAAGACGGUAAGGUGGAAGUAACAAAGGAGAGUCUGAAGCUGUGCACCAUGGGACCAGGGAAGGUGUUCGGAGAGCUGGCCAUCCUCUAUAACUGCACCAGGACAGCCACUGUUAAAACCCUCACCAACGUGAAGCUGUGGGCCAUUGACAGACAGUGCUUCCAGACCAUCAUGAUGAGGACUGGCCUGAUCAAACACACAGAGUAUAUGGAGUACCUCAAGAGCGUUCCAACAUUCCAAGGUCUUCAGGAGGAGAUUCUAAGCAAGCUUGCGGAUGUACUUGAAGAGACACACUACGAAGAUGGAGAGUACAUCAUCAGGCAGGGAGCCCGAGGAGACACCUUCUUCAUCAUAAGCAAGGGAAAGGUGAAUGUGACCAGGGAGGAUGUGCCCAGCGGUGAGGCAGCGUUUCUGCACAGCCUGGGGAAGGGAGACUGGUUUGGAGAGAUGGCACUGCAGGGUGAGGACGUCAGGACAGCAAACUUUAUUGCUGCAGAAACGGUCACCUGUCUGGUCAUCGACAGAGACUCAUUCAAACACCUGAUUGGAGGGUUAGAGGAUGUCUCCAGUAAAGGUCAUGAGGAUGCUGAUGCCGAUGCCAGGUACGAGGUAGAGAAUGCCUUCUUCUUCAGCAUCAACCUGGCUGACUUUAACAUCAUCGACACACUGGGCGUCGGGGGCUUUGGCCGUGUGGAGCUGGUGCAGCUGAAGAGCGACGAGACCAGGACGUUCGCCAUGAAGAUCCUGAAGAAGAGGCACAUCGUGGACACGAGGCAGCAGGAGCACAUCCGCUCGGAGAAGCUCAUCAUGCAGGAGGCCCACUCGGACUUCAUCGUCAGACUAUACAGGACAUUUAAGGACAGCAAAUACCUGUACAUGCUGAUGGAGGCGUGUUUGGGUGGUGAGCUAUGGACCAUUCUGAGAGACAGAGGUUCCUUUGAGGACUCCACUACAAGGUUCUAUACUGGGUGUGUGGUGGAGGCCUUUGCGUACCUGCAUUCCAAAGGUAUCAUCUACAGAGACCUCAAACCAGAGAACCUCAUUCUGGAUCACCGGGGCUACGCCAAGCUGGUGGAUUUCGGCUUUGCGAAGAAGAUCGGCUUUGGGAAGAAGACUUGGACAUUCUGUGGGACUCCAGAGUACGUGGCUCCUGAGAUCAUCCUGAACAAGGGCCAUGAUAUCUCUGCUGACUACUGGUCCCUAGGCAUCCUCAUGUUUGAACUUCUCACUGGCAGCCCUCCUUUCUCUGGACCAGACCCCAUGAAGACCUACAACAUCAUCCUUAGAGGCAUUGACAUGAUAGAAUUCCCAAAGAAAAUUACCAAAAACGCUGCCAAUCUCAUAAAGAAGCUAUGCAGGGACAAUCCUUCGGAACGCCUCGGAAACUUGAAAAACGGAGUCAAAGACAUCCAGAAGCACAAAUGGUUCGAGGGCUUUAACUGGGAGGGUUUAAAGAAGGGCACGCUGACCCCCCCGAUCAUCCCCAACGUGACCGCGCCAACGGACACGAGUAACUUCGACAGCUUCCCAGAGGACAACGAGGAGCCACCCCCGGACGACAACUCUGGCUGGGACACCGAUUUUUAAGCUUCUCCUCCACAUGCACAUACCAAAAAAACAUCUUCAGGAUAUAGCUGCAUCUUAAAGACUGCGUUCACAUGAGUAGGAGGAGAAGAAGAGGAAAGAGACAGACGGCAAGCCCUCUGGGUCACCGAUAUGCCUUCGCUACGUUGGGA